GACAAUGAAGAUGUGAACCGAAAAACAAGGGUAAGUGUUAUAAGAGCCUGUCCGUGACAAUGAAGGUGUGAACCGAAAAACAAGGUUCAGUGUUAAAAGAGCCUGUCCGUGACCAUGAUAGCGUGAACUGAAAACAAGGGGUUACGCCGUACGGGUACCCAGCGAUACCCUCGAAACGUAUCGGCUCGAUGAUAUAAAGCAUUUGGAAAACAUUUUUUGUCUUACUCAUCCGAUACGUAAAGUCGAGAAUUCAGUUUCUGGUGUCGGACCACCGGCUGCACUUUGUAUCUUAUUAUUAUCUGUUCACUCUCUCUCUCGACCAUGUCUGCUGCAGCAGUCCCUUUCAUUUCAAGCCCGACCUCACUUCCACACUUCAGAAUAACGAGAAAUGGGUUUCUGCUAAAUGCCAUUUCAACUUGCAGGGGCUCUUCAAGAUCUUCUCUCGGUGAACUUUUCUUCAGGAAUUCGUAUGGGGUCAAGAGAAAUUCGAUCUUCACUGGCGUCAGACCUUUCUCCCCUGUUAUGGAAUGGCAAGAUUGCACGGCUAAGCUGGAAAUUGAUGUCCCUUGUUCGGUUGCAUAUAAUUGUUACUUAGAUCGUGAAGCCAUUCCCCGUUGGAUGCCUUUCAUAUCAUCUGUCAAGGUUUUAGAGGAUAAGCCCGAUCUAUCACGCUGGUCACUGAAGUAUAAAGCAUUUGGUCGUGACAUUGAAUUUUCUUGGCUGGCUCGAAACCUUCAGCCUAUUCCAAAUCAGAAAAUCCACUGGCGAUCUCUAGAAGGUCUUCCAAACAGAGGAGCAGUUCGGUUUUAUCCCAGAGGUCCUUCAUCGUGCACUGUAGAACUAACUGUUUCAUAUGAAGUUCCUCAAAUUCUAAUUCCAGUGGCAUCGGCAUUGCAACCCUUUCUUGAGGGCUUGCUCUUACGUGGUUUGGAGCAAUUCGCGAAAGUUGCAAAAGGCUAUUAAACAAACUGGAGUCUUGAUUAUCAGUUGCAGAAUGCUGUUAAACAACAUGAGUUCUGAAGACCUGAAGGCUAUACAUGAUGUGCAAGCCACACAAUUGAUAUGUUACUCCAUUGAUUAUGUACGGUGUAUCUUGUUUAAUACUUUAAUUGAUGAAAAAAUUAUUUCACUUUUAUCUGUCCAGUGUGAUGUAAGGGGGAAUGAAAUAACUAAAAAGGAGCUAAGAGUCAUACAUCCCUUUAUUUUCA